AUGGAGGUGCCGCCUAUUCAUCCCGGACCUUCCAGCGAUGAGCUACUGUCUUUACAGGGCGAUCAUAGGUCCGCCCACAUAUGGGAGGUAGAGUUACUGACCCAGACUCUCCGCGUCAGGAGAGUGAACGGCAUUUGGGACUUUCUGCAUGACAGAGUACUCCAUGACCGUGUAGUCACACGCUUGUGGGAGACGGGCUUCUACAGGAUUUUGGAGAUCGGGCGGCUGCAUCUCGAUUGGUCUUUGGACGUGGAGGUUUUAUAUGGGCUGCCUGUUGAUGGACAGCCCGUUGCUCUGCCGCCUGGCAUGAGAGAGAUGACACGUGUGCGGUACCUGGACAUGCUGCAGCGGCUCACUGCUUUCCGGCCAGAGGAUGAGAAUGUACUGGCUGGGACAAGUCGUUUUCCGUUGACGACUAUUCGACAGUGGUUGGAGGCAUUGCAUCCUGACAUCGAUGACGAUAUACCGGAUUAUCAUGUUGACAGCUGGUUGUAUAGAAUUGAUCAAUAUUUUGCUGUUGACAAUACUGCUGCAAAUCAAAAAGUACAUAUAGUAUCUAUGAAUUUGGAUGAUGAUGCUCUAGCUUGGCAUCGGUCUUAUUUGAAAUGCAGAGAUUCUCAUAUCCUUCCACCAUGGGAUGAGUAUAUUGAGGCUUUGACUGAAACGUUUAGUGAGGAGUAUACUGAUCUUAUGCUAGAACUGAAGCAGUUGAAGCUAUUAGCUCAGUGUGAUCUAACUGUUAGCCAGGCUAUCUCUUGCUUUUUAGGGGGAUUGAAGGAGGAAUUAGUGAACCCUAUCAAAAUGCACGAACCUCAAACCUUGUCCAAAACCUAUCGCCUAGCUAGAUUAGCUGAAGCAACCUUAGCUGCUAAUGAUAGAGCCCUAAGGAGUAGUACUACUUCUGUGUCAUCUAAUCACCUCAAAAAGCCUUCCUAUGAGCCACCUAUCAUCAAACAUAAUCCUAGUUCUAUUACCUCCACUCCUAGACUGGCCUUACCUCCUUCAACCACUGUUAGUGCUCCCAGAAACAGGAGAACUAUUUCUCUUGCAGAAAUGCAGGCUAGAAGGGCACAGGGUCUUUGCUAUUUUUGUGAUGAUAAAUACACUGAUGGUCAUAAAUAUAACCUGCCUAAACAAUUAUUUGUGAUGGAUUUAGAAGUAUCAAAAGGUGAAUGUGGAGAGGCUGUUAAGCAGGAAUCUGAUGGGGGUCCUUCUACUGAAGAAUGGUCUACUGUGGAAGGAGAUACUCCUAUGAUAUCCCUAUGUGCUUUAAGUGGAUUACAAGGAGCUCAAACCAUUCAUGUCACUGGAUAUAGUGAGAAGAGGCCGAUUCAAAUCUUACUUGAUGGAGGUAGUACACAUAACUUUAUUGAUGAGAAGGCUGCCAAGAGGUUGGGGUGUCAAAUUUGUCCUACCAGGGGUACUACCUUCUCAUCUGACUUAAUUGUAUUUCCAGUUGGUAAAUAUGAUCUGGUUCUGGGAGCUUUAUGGAUGAAAACACUAGGCCCUAUUACCAUGGACUACUCUAAGCUCACUAUGGCUUUCAAUUAUCAAGGAAAGUCUCACUUGUUGAGGGGAGUGUUUGAGGAAUGUAAGGUCUCCAGUCCAAAGUCCUUGAAUAGAUUAAAAGGGGAGGAUAUGCAGUUCUUUAUGCUGCAAGUGAGGGAUAGCAUUCCUAGCUCACAUACUGUUAUGCACUGUCAAGCUUUGCACAUGACCAAAUCUGAUAGUACUUCCCUUAUUGAUCAGCCCUACAAGUAUUCUUCCAUUAAGAAGGACAUAAUUGAAAAGUUGGUUAAUGAAAUGCUGCAGCAAGGGGUCAUUCAGUACAGUAGCAGUCCUUUCUCUUCUCCUGUGGUCCUUGUUAGGAAGAAGGAUGGAUCUGGCUAUCAUCAAAUAAGGAUGCUACCUGAGGAUGUUCCCAAAACUACUUUCAAAACACAUUCUGGACACUAUGAGUAUUUAGUAAUGCCUUUUGGCUUAACUAAUGCUCCCUCUACAUUUCAAUGUCUCAUGAAUCACUUGUUUCAGAAGUUUCUAAGGAAAUUUGUAUUAGUGUUCUUUGAUGACAUUCUGAUCUACAAUGUUAAUUUGCAAGAUCAUGUGGGACAUUUGAAGCAGGGCAUUUUAUUACUGCUGGAGGGGUUUCUACUGAUCCUAGGAAAAUUGAAGCAGUCCAGCAAUGCUGUUAAGCAACUGAGAGGCUUCUUGGUCCUGGCAGGGUAUUACAGGAAGUUCAUUAGGGGAUAUGGUCUUAUUAGUAGGCCCCUCACUGACUUCCUCAAGAAGGAUGGUUUUUUGUGGAAUGCUAAAGUUGUAGAUGCAUUUGCAGCUUUGAAGUUAACUCUUACUUCUGCUCCUGUGUUAGUUGAAACAGAUGCUAGUGGCACAGGUAUUGGUGUUGUCUUUAUGCAAAAUGACCACCCUAUAGCUUUCAUCAGCAAGGGGUUAGCUCCAAGACAUAUGGCUUUGUCUGUGUAUGAGAAAGAGUUGUUGGCUCUGGUGUUUACAAUUACCAAAUGGUCUCACUAUCUGUUAGGUCACCAUUUUAUUGUGAGGACUGAUCAAAAAGCCCUUAAGUACCUCUUGGAACAGAAGUUACAUACUGACUUGCAGAAACACUUCACUUGGAUAAACAAUCAGCUUAGGAGGAAGGGUAAAUUGAUGGUAGGAAAUGAUUUGGACCUAAUGACAGCUUUUGUAACUGUGGCAUUCCUCUCCAUAUGGUGGUCACUCUGGCAUUGA